UCUGCUUCUUUCAAUCAUUUAUAAACUGCGUCUUCUGAUGUGAAAUGUGCUGUUAUUCUGGGGUCGGGUAAGGUUUAGUAAGGUGUGAGCAUAGCUGUAUUGCACGCUCGCUCACUCACUCCUGUGCUGUCUGGAAGUUAGUCAGUGGCAUAGAGGUUGAACUCAGUGUGAAGGCUUUUGGCUUCUGUUGUAUUGAAGUCAUUGAGAGAGAGAAAGAGAGAGAGAGAGAGAGGGUGUGAGUAACAGUCGAGAAUCCUGCGUCACUCCCACUGCCCUCCCCUCCCCACACAUUCAAUCAGAAUAAAAAACACUUAAAAAGAAAUCACUAAGAGACACACCAGAAAGUCUUUCCUUUCAAAAAAAAUCCUACACGGCCAACGGGCUGUGCUCAUAGCUAAACACACACGGGCUCAGAGAGCCAGCUUACCGGGUGGCUGGAGUUAACGGCAGACACACAGACACGCAGACAGAGAGGCAGCCAGCGGGGAUAUGGCUCAAGGUUUGGUGCUGGUGACUUUGGGGCUGUCGAUGUUGGGAGCUUCCUCCGGCUCAACAGAAGUGCCGAGCAGGUGUCAGCAUGGUGGGGUCUCACACCAGGACAGGGGAGCACGAUAUCAGUUGAGCCUGGCGGAGGCGGUCACUCUGUGUGACUCACUGGGGAGCUCGCUGGCCAACCUGGGGCAGGUGCAGGCCGCUCAGCGAGCCGGCUUCCAGACCUGCAGGUAUGGUUGGAUUCAGGACGGUUUGGUUGCCAUUUCCCGAGUGACGCCUCACGCCAAUUGUGCAAACAAUUUAACCGGCGUCUACACCUCGGCCCGCGAUUCCUCUCAGAAGUUUGACGCUCUUUGCUUCAAUUACACAGUUUGUGAUUCUGGGAAUCAGCCCACCUCAUCCCCACCGGAUAAUGCAAGGAAGCCCACACGCCCGUCCAGCACAAGUGAAGCCCCCCAGACCUCCGUGCAUGUCGGAGGUGUCAGUCUGCCUCCCACCACAGAAGAUGUCCUGAGAUUGCUAAGCACAAAACAGCCCAGCCCCGAGGCCACGCCUAGACAGGAGGCCACACCCUCCCAUGGGGCCACGCUCAGCCCGGGAGCCACACCCAGCCCCAAGGCCACACUGGGGCCCUUUCUGGAUGCCAGCACUGAUGGUGGAGGAACAGCUGGCGGCUGGCAAACCACAAUGGGCGGCCGGACUGGUUUGGGAACAGAGAGUCAUCCUAGACACGAGUGGACUCGGCAGAGUGUGGGGCAUCAGUGGAGUCUGUACACCAAGGCUUUCAGUUCCUCUCCCACCAUCACCCGGACCCCCAGCCACACCGGGGCCCCCACCCUCACCGAGGCCCCCUCCCUCACCGGGGCCCCCACCCUUACCAAGGCCUCCACUCUCACCAGGGCCUCCACCCUUACUGAGGCCCCCACCCUACCCGGGGUCCCCACCAUCACUGGGGCCCCCAACCUCACCGAGGCCCACACCCUCUCCGGGACCCCUACCCUCACCGGGGCUCCUUCCCUCAUCGGGAUCUCCACCCUCACCGAGGCCUCCACCCUCACUGAGAUCCUUACCGGGGCCCCCACCCUAACUGGGGCCCCUACCCUCACCAAGGCCUCCAACUUCACCGGGGCCCCCACCCUCACCAGGGCCUCCACCCUAACCGGGACCCCCACCCUCACCGUGGCCUCCAACCUCACCGGGGCCCCCACCCUCACCUGGGCCCCCACCCUCACUGAGGCCCCCACCCUCACCGAGGCCUCCACCCUCACUGAGAUCCUCACCGGGGCCACCACCAUCACUGGGGCCCCUACCCUCACUGGGACCCCCACCAACACAGUGAGGCCGCUGAGUACCUCACGCUCGGGCUCAGUGCCACCUCAGAUCGAUACCAGCGCCGGCCGCCGGGAGCCAAUGGCCACCGGGACCGCGGUGACGGAGGCCACAGCCGAUGCCAGCAAUCGACCAGUGUGGGUCAAGGGUUGGAAUGAUACACGCACAGCCCCUGUGACCAUGCCAGAUACACGCACAUCCUCCAUGACCACGCCAGAUACACGCACAGCCCCUGUGACCAUGCCAGAUACACGCACGUCCUCCAUGACCACGCCAGAUACACGCACAGCCCCCGUGACUCCGCCAGAUACACGCACAGCCCCCGUGACUACACAAGAUACAGGCACAUUCUCCAUGAUGUCAGAUACACACACAGCCCUUGCGACGACGUCAGAUACACGUACAUCCUCCAUGACCACGCCAAAUAUACGCACAGCCGCCAUGACCAUGCCAGAUACACGCAUAGCCCCCGUGAUCACACCAGAUACACGGACAGCCUCCGCAACCAUACCAGAUACACGCACAUCCUCAAUUGUACCAAAUCCACGCACAGGCCUCGUGACCACGCCAGCUACAAGCACAGCACCCAUGGCCAUGCCAGAUACACACACGCACACAGCCCCCUUGAACAUACCAGACACACGCACAAACACAGCCUCCGUGACUAUACCAGAUACACGCACACACACAGCCCCUGUGGCCAUGCCAGAUGCACGCACAGCCCCCUUGAACACACCAGACACACGCACACACACAGCCUCCGUGACCAUGCCAGAUGCACGCACAGCCCCCAUGACCACACCAGAUACACACAUGCGCACAGCCCCCUUGAACAUACAAGACACACGCACACACACAGCCUCCGUGACCAUACCAGAUACACGCACACACACAGCCCCUGUGGCCAUGCCAGAUGCACGCACAGCCCCCGUGACCACACCAGAUACACACACACGCACAGCCCCCUUGAACAUACCAGACACACGCACACACACAGCCUCUGUGACCAUACCAGAUACACGCACACACACAGCCCCUGUGACCAUGCCAGAUGCACGCACAGCCCCCGUGACCACACCAGAUACACACAUGCGCACAGCCCCCAUGACCACAGCAGAUACACACACACGCACAGCCUCCUUGAACAUACCAGAUACACUCACACGCAGAGCCCCCAUUACCACGGCAGAUACUCGCACAGCCCCCAUGACCACUACAGAUACACACACACGCACAGUCCGAGGUCACACGCCAGACACACGCGCACACGCACAGACAGCCCCCAGCACCACGCCAGAUACACGCACACGCGGAGCCUCCAUCACCACCGCAGAUGCACGCACAACCCGCGUGACCACUGCAGAUACACAGACAAGGACAGCCCGAGGUCACACGCCAGACACACGCACACGCAACCGCACAGCCCCCAACACCACGCCAGUUACACUCACAACCCCCGUGAAUACGUCAGCCACAAGGACACGGGCAGUCCUGGCCAUGGAUGACCUGAACCAGCUCCCACAGGCCGUGACCCAGAGACCAGCCACAUCCACAGCACCCGGGAGGAAGUCUGGCGAUGGGCACCUGGACCUGAGGAUCAUCGUAACAAUAGCUGUGUGCGUUCUCAUCACGGUGACUGGCUGCCUCGUGUUCUUGUACACCAAAGGACUUUGGUUUGGGAAGAAGAAGAAGCUGGUGAUCUCGGGCUCCGGGGGGAGCCGGGGAGCCUGCGAGGCCCCAGAAGGAGAAGGGGGGCCGGAGCGGGGGUCAGAGCAGGGGCCGGACAACUUAAAGAAAUCGGAAGAAUGGUUUCAGUUGAUGAACGAAGACCAGGUGGACAUCCUGCCUGAGUCCGAGGAGGGCUCGAUGUUAAUGAAUGGCAACGACGUGCCAGAUGCAGCCAACGGCAACAUGAGGUCCACCGUAUAGGGCCCGGACAGGGCGGGGUGGGGCUCCUCCUAGCCGUCUACACGGCUUUCACACCACAGUCACAGCCCCGCCCGCAGAGAAAGCCUGUCCUUGUUGACCUCCAACCUUUAGACAAUCUCCAAGGUCAUUUCCUCUGCCAGCAAUUUGGGGGGUUAUUUGAAUAUUUAAAAGACAUUAGGACAGGGUGUGGCGUGAGGACCUGACGCUGCCCACAGUGAGUGCAACACUGGAUGAAGCUCAAGGUCCAGCCGGCACCUGCCCACCCCUAGUGGCCACCUGUCAUCCAUCAAUCCUGGGAGCAAAACCC